CCCUUAUAAAACCCUCCGCCUCGCCCCCCCCCCUCCUCCUGCCAGGUCCAAGACGCUCCCCCGACUUCUCCACAAGUCCAUCUCGAACUCUCUAGACCCCUCCUCCUUCCCUCUCGGCCUCGUCGCCGCCCCGCCGUCCCCCUCUCGCGCGCCGCAGAAAUGGCGUUGCCGAAUCAGCAGGUCGUGGAUUACCCCAGCUUCAAGCUCGUCAUCGUCGGCGACGGUGGAACUGGUAAAACCACAUUUGUGAAAAGGCAUCUUACUGGCGAGUUUGAGAAGAAAUAUGAACCCACCAUUGGUGUUGAAGUUCACCCGCUAGAUUUUAGCACCAACUGUGGCAAAAUCCGCUUCUAUUGCUGGGACACCGCUGGGCAAGAAAAGUUUGGUGGUCUCAGAGAUGGCUACUAUAUCCAUGGUCAGUGUGCCAUUAUCAUGUUUGAUGUCACUUCAAGGCUGACAUACAAGAACGUACCAACAUGGCACAGGGAUUUGUGCAGGGUUUGUGAGAACAUUCCCAUUGUCCUCUGCGGUAACAAGGUUGACGUGAAGAACAGGCAGGUCAAAGCCAAGCAAGUUACAUUCCACAGGAAGAAGAACCUGCAGUACUAUGAGAUUUCUGCCAAGAGCAAUUACAACUUCGAGAAGCCCUUCCUUUACCUUGCAAGGAAGCUGGCAGGGGACCAGAACCUUCACUUCGUUGAGGCUGUUGCUCUGAAGCCACCGGAAGUGCAGAUUGAUAUGGCCAUGCAGCAGCAGCAUGAAGCUGAGCUUGUGGCUGCUGCAGCCCAACCCCUGCCUGAUGACGAUGACGACUUGAUCGAGUAGAUAAUAUAUUUCAUGGUCCUUGUUGAUGUGAGAGGGACUUUUCUUAUAAGAGCCCAUAGUGGCUCAUCCUUAGGAACCUGGAUGCUUUCUUGAUAUGUAUCUGAUGAGUUGAGAACGAGUUAUGACAUUUCUGGUUUGUUGGUGACUGAACCAGCUCCUUUCGAGUAAUACAGUGCUUUUGUCACA